AUGUCGUCUGCUGAAGUAAUACCGAAUUUCAACAGUGGCUCCGAACAGCUAAAAGGCGAUUUGAAACAUCCAGAGCCGGAACAUUGUCCUGGACCAGAGUCAGAAAAUGCAGGUAAAGGCGAUGCCUGCAGUGGUUGUGCAAACCAAGAAAUCUGUGAAAGCUUGCCGAAAGGACCUGAUCCAGAUAUUCCGAAGAUCGUGGAAAAUUUAGCAAAUAUCAAGCAUAAAAUAUUAGUGUUGUCGGGGAAAGGUGGUGUUGGAAAAUCUACCUUUUCCACCAUGCUUAGCUGGGCAUUAUCUGCCGAUGAAAACUUACAGGUAGGUGCCAUGGAUUUAGACAUUUGCGGACCUUCCUUACCGCAUAUGCUAGGAUGUCUCAGGGAAGUGAUUCAUGAAUCAAACUCAGGUUGGACUCCCGUCUACGUCGCGGACAAUCUAGCAACAAUGUCGAUACAAUUUAUGCUUCCAGAUGAUGACUCCGCUAUUAUAUGGAGGGGAUCAAAGAAGGAUCAGUUGAUCAAACGGUUUUUGAAGGAUGUGGAUUGGGACUACCUCGAUUAUUUGAUAAUAGACACUCCACCGGGAACCUCAGAUGAACACAUAUCAGUGAAUAAAUACAUGAAGGAGAGUGGGAUUGAUGGUGCUCUCGUUAUAACUACACCUCAGGAAGUUGCACUAUUGGACGUUCGAAAAGAAAUAGAUUUCUGCAGAAAAGCCGGAAUCAAGAUUUUGGGACUAGUUGAAAAUAUGAGCGGGUUCGUUUGCCCUGGUUGCAAAGGACAGUCCGAAAUCUUCAAGCCAACUACGGGAGGAGGUAAGGCAUUGUCUGAAGAACUAGGGAUAAAAUUUUUUGGAUCAGUUCCACUUGAUCCAAGAAUCGGCAAGUCAUGCGAUAACGGAAACAGUUUUCUCGACGACUACCCCGACAGUCCUGCAAGUAUAGCUAUACUGGACGUAGUAGAGUCACUGCGGGAUGCGGUGGGUGAUGUAUAG